AUGAUAGAUGAGAAUGAGGAGGAGGAGGAUAAACAGUGUGGAGUAUUUUCAGUCGCGACUCCCUGCACUGGGGCUGCUACGGCCAUGCACGGGAAGGGUAUCCAACCCAACAUAGCUCUAUGA